AUGAUAUCGUCCCUGGCCGUAGUGAUACUAACAUUCUUGGCUCCGGUAAAGCUACAGUACCAUGAUGGUCAUCAUUGUUGGGACCUCAAUGCUGAUUCUCUUAACGAUAAGGAAUUAAAUUGCCCAGGUGUCUUUGCUAGUGUACUCCAGUUAAUCUAUAACACCAGCUAUGCCGACAUGAAAAUUGAAAUAUCUGCUGCGCUUCACCUUACAACGGAAUUUUAUGCUUGGGCAAUUGCCAAUAACUACUUUCCUUCUAAUAUAAAGUGGCGAAAGAUGAAAGGUGGAGGUGGUUUAAUGGGCACAAUUGGCUUUGGGAGGGAAGUUGGAAUCCCCUCAGCAUGCCAGAAAUCCCUCAUUACAACAAUGCUUGUCAUGCUUUGCUGUUACUCCUUUUCUUUUUUUAUUUCAAUUAGAGCUAAUUCUGCCCGGAAGCACAAUUAUUUUGGCAACCUUCUUCAUUGGACUGUUGAAGGUGUCAGCCUACACAACAUUGUAUUCCAUUUUACGAGCAGAAAAAGAGAGCCUCAAAUUGUCUUUUCUAACCUUACCCUUGUAAUGUUUCUAACCCCAGUUUGUGGCGAUGGAGUAUGCGAUUCAAGUCAAAACGAGACGUGUGUCUCCUGUCCCAACGAUUGCGGUACCUGCAGUCUGGAAGCUCGAGUCGGUGGAGCAAUCAUCGCAGUGGUCUUUCUCAUCGUCAUAUCCAUUGGAUCCAUUGGUUUGGUGCGAUUCUUCUUUCGAAGAAGUCGAUUGGCUCUGUGGGACAACUCUUGGAUCAUUCCUCGUGGAGCCUUUACCAUAAUUGAAAAUGACAACCAAAAGACCUCCCACGCAAUUAUUGAGGACAGUGGAGACACUUCGGAUGAGGAUGAAGAAGGCAAACCUUUUGUCUACGGCAAAAUUGGAGAUACGUUGGUCUCCGUGAAAUACAUUGAACGGGAACAAUUCCUCCUGACAAAGAAUGUUAGAAAGGAGAUCAAGGCGAUGCGACAACUGAAUCACAGAAAUUUGUGUCAGUUGGUUGGAAUAUGUCUGGAACCGCCAGAAUUGGCAAUCUACAUGGAAUACUGUCCAAAACGAAGCCUUCGAGAUGUAUUUCGCAAUGAGGUGAUGCCAUCCAGUUGGGCCUUUAAACUCUCCUUAAUUCAAGACAUUGUUUGUGGUAUGGAAUUCCUCCACACCCACGGCUUCAUUCAUGGACGCCUCAAUUCCCAAAACUGUGUUGUCGAUGAUCGUCUGACUUGCAAAAUCACGGGUAAGGUGAACCGCCUUCCAUCACCUCCACUAAAUGUAGAUUUUGGGCUGGAGUCAAUUCGUUAUAACAGACCGGAGGAGAAGUUGGAGACCUUUUUGGAGGAUCCCAGUAAUUGGGCAUACAUUGCACCGGAGUACCGAAGCAACACGCCAGCUGCACCUAACAUCCACAUGGACUCGUUCAGCUAUGGGACAAUUAUGUGUGAAGUGGCACAAUCCCGUGAAGAUCCAGAAGACUUCAACGCGCCUGACUUGACGGAUGGUGAGAGGCAGGAGUUGAUGGUCCAGUGGUGGGACUACCCACUGCCGAAUAUGGAUGCAUUUGAAGGCUCAGCUGAUGACAGCACGCCGAAUAUGACUGAUUAUCUUAACCUCAUCAAGUUAUGCUGGAGUCCGGUUGAUGUUAGACCUUCAUUUGACGUGAUUAGAACGAAGAUGGAUCUCAUCAAUCCCAGAAGGAAGAAUCCAAUCGACAUCAUUCUUAGUCUCAUGGAGAAAUAUUCGGCUCAUCUUGAAAGUAUUGUCAGUGAAAGAACACAAGAUCUCAUUGCCGAGAAACAACGCACAGACGAAUUACUACAUAGCAACGAAGUAUGUAUGCUACCGAAGACAAUUGCAAAUCAGUUGCGCAGCGGGCAGGCAGUUCCAGCUGAGGCCUACUCCUCCUGCACCAUCUACUUUAGUGAUAUUGUUGGCUUUACCAACAUCUCCUCGGAUUCAACACCCUUUCAGGUUGUUGCACUACUCAACAAGCUCUACAGCGAGUUCGAUCAAAUCAUUGAUCGAUAUGACGUUUACAAAGUGGAGACCAUCGGAGACGCUUACAUGGUAGCCUCGGGAGUUCCGAGGAGGAACGGCCAGCGACACGCGGUCUCCAUAACCGAUAUGGCGUUGGACUUGGUGGAGGUGUCGCACUCCUUUGUCAUCCCGCAUAUGCCCAAUGAACCACUAAAAAUUCGAGUUGGUUUACAUUCAGGACCUGUUUGUGCGGGUGUCGUCGGCUUAAAAAUGCCACGGUACUGCCUGUUUGGCGACACCGUCAACACAGCAAGUCGAAUGGAGAGCAACGGAGAAGCGUACAAAAUUCACUGCAGUGAUGCCACACAUGAAAUACUGAAUACGCUCGGCGGCUUUCACUUUGAGGAGAGGGGAACAAUUGAAGUGAAGGGAAAGGGAACAAUGCGUACUUGGUGGGUGACAGGUCGAACACGACCACCGAUACCGCCUGACUGCUGCCCAAUUCCUAUCCGACGCAAAAAGAAGGUAAAAGCUUCAACGCCCAGACGACCCUCUCGUACACCGCCCAAAGCCUCCACAUCAGCCGCGCAGUCUCCAAUCAAGGGUAAUCCAGCUAUUGAAAUAAUCGAGUCGGAAUUAAUGGUAGAUCAAAAGAUCAAGAGUGCAAAACCAGAAGCACCACUGAUUGAGAACCUUGACAAAAAGGCGAAAGAUUCCCUGGCACCUCCUCCGGUUCCCCAUUUGUAA